AUGAAACGCACAAGCGACGGGGAUGCGGUGGACCGCCACCACCCCGCCCUGUCCUUCCACCGCGAGGUCCUCAUCGUGCAACAGUGGACCAGAAUCCGCCGCAGCUUUCUGCAGGCGUUGGAGACGGUGGCGGCGGACGAAAAGGGUGGGGUGCAGUGGCGCGAGCCGCGUAAGCUGUGGCGCCACGCCCAGGAAGCCUUGGGCAAGUGGAUCCUCUCGCAGGUCGCACGGGUGCACCUCUCCAGCGUAGAACACAGCGCCGACGCGACGACGCCUCCUUCAGCAUCAUCGCCACUCGCCGCGGAGCUGCACGAGACAGACAUUCACUUCUUCCCUACGGCGGCGCAGCUGCGACAGGCGGCCGCCCACUGCCAUCGCCCCUCCUCAGCGGACCUCGUCACCUACGACGAACAGCUGGUGCGGGACCUGUCCCUCAAGUCGAACGGCACACACAACGCGGCAGCCGUGGCGGCUAUUGCCAAACUGGUGAAGGAGUUCAACCUGCCGCAGCGGUGCGUCGAGGCGGCAGCGGCGGUGGAGGCCGCCAUGCGCGAUGUCGCGCCGUCGCAGGCGCUGCGUCCGCGCAUUCGCCGCAUCGAGGCCGCCGAUCCGCACCGCACCGCGCAGCAGCAGCGCAUUGCCGGCCCCAUCGCGGAGGUGUCUGUGCAGUGGCCACGGCACUGGCGCAGGGAGCAGUGCCGGGACUGCCCUGCCGUGUCGCUGCCCUGGGCAGCCAUGGAGAAGCUGCGAGCAUGCUACGACUUCUUUUCCGAGGAAAACGAACAGGCACAGUACGACGGUGCUGCUGCUAUCGAGCACCCCGAUGCGGCGCGCCAGCAGCGAUUUGAGCUGCGCGCGGCCGCCGUGAUCCUGCGCUACGAAGGUGGUUUGGCGACGGGCAGCCUGCAGCUCUGCGCGGACACGCGGCUGAAGCAGCAUUUGCACGCGAUGGGUUAUCACGUGAUGGACCUGUGUGCGUCGCCCAUCAACGCCUACAUGGGCGUGCCACAGCUUGGCAGCUUCAGCGACGCGGUCAAGAGCAACGAAGGCGACGGCGAGGCGGGUAGCUCGACCUCGACGGUGCACGAGGUGCCGAACUAUUUCUGCUCUGCCUUCUACGACACGGAUCGCUACUUCGGUAGCGUCGGCAGCGCGGUCGCCGUCGACCCUCUGCACAUCUGCCACGUCCCUCGCAUCAACCCCGAAAAGAAGCCGCUGCUGCUCACUCUAGACGUCCCCUACGACGAGGACCUCUGCGAGCUGCUCUUUCAGAAGCUCGCGAAGGACAUGCGCCGCGCCACCGCGGAAGCUUCGACUUCCGCUUCUACUUCUCGGCAACCGCCAGCCGUGGUAGACUACAUCCUGGUGCUGCCACUGUGGUGGGACAUUCCAAUGCAGACCGACAAGCGUUUCUUCGCGGAGAUCACCGACGCGGCGGGCGCGACUUCGUCCGCCGUGAGCGACGAUGGCGGGCGGCGGUUUAUACGUGAUCGUGCGGCCAUGUUGGAGCAGGGCUACACGGUGUCCUACACCUGGCCAACGGCGCUGGCGGAGGCGGCAGGGGACGCGUGGGUGUGCUUCGAUGGCGUCUUUGUCGAUGACCGCUACGGCUACUUCUGCACGGCGACGAAUCGAUGGCUGCACGGGGUGACGACGACGGAAGUGAUCGGACUCGCCCAGCCUCGGCGCGAAGUUGAAGAGGGCAGCAGCGAGAAGAAGGAGGCAACAGAAACGAAGAGGAGAGUGAUGUCGCCGCUGCAGCAGGCACUAGAUGCGUUCUACGGGCCAGCCGUAGCAUCGGCGUGA